AUGGCUGCCCAAGUCCUAGAAGAAGACUGCGGCUAUCGCCUGACAGAGCUUGAACCCGAGACUGGUCUUAUAAGUUGCCACCGGUCUGUCGGCAAAGCUGCCCUGGCUUCGUUGUUCGGACAUCAUCGUGCCACUGAGCAGUUUCUGGAACAAGAAAUGCCUUCGGAAAUUGAGGCAGAGACGAGACUUGACGAUUUUGUUAUCGAACCGCCAAACGUUCAAUAUCAACCCAUUUUCUUUUCAGCUACAGUGGGACAUUUAAUCUCUCUGCACUAUAUUUUGGCAAAAAUGGGACCUAGUUAUCAGAACGCUAGAGAUCAAUUGGGGCGGACACCACUUCAUCAAGCAGCGAGGCUGGGGCGUUAUGAAUGUCUAACAUCACUGGCUGAUCACUUCAACAUCGCGGAGGAGGAUGCUCAUGGCUGGACUGCGUUCGACUAUCUUAUGCACCGCAUCAAUGGGCUUCACGACCUAGAAGCUACCAGAGAUACGAUACGAGCUUUGAUUGAAGCUCGAGGAGAGAGAAGAGAUACCCGAAGCCCGAAAGGCAUUAGCCUCCUAUCCAUCGCUGCCAAAUCGCCCAACGAAACGGUCCUUGAGAAGACUUGCCGGCCUGAAAUGGCGGGCGAUAUCGUCAAUUCCCGGUUCUUCCAAAUUGCCUAUGAAGGGAGCCUCAUCAAAUUCCUAGUCGACCAUGGGGAAGACGUAAAUAGGCAGGAAUCAAUCGGCCGCUUUGCCCCUCUACAUUUUGCAUUAUACCAUAAUCACAUCUGGAACGCCAUGUUUCUCCUCCGCGCUGGGGCCAAUGUGUCUACGGAACGAAGCUGGUGA